CCACUGACACUACGCAUGCAUGUGCUGUUAUACUUGCCUAGCAUUACCGUUCAUUAUACCUAUAAAUAAGUCGUAUUCUUUGGUUAGAAAAAGGUUAUUUAAAGCAGGGUUAUUGUAGUUCGUAGGUGCGGUCGACUCAAUUGCGGUUCACGUGUUCGUUGUUCGAAACGGUACGUUGAUCUUUCUUGAUCACGGCAGAAAUCAAAUACACUAAUUCUCCAAGCCCAACCUCGACUGUGAAGAUAAUCGAGACGAAAUGUUAAAUACUCAUUCAGUGAUCUUGCCUGCCUUUGUCGCAAUAGGAGUAAUAGUAGCUACAGCAUGGGCAGUGAAAUUAUAUUUAUCCUCUAACCAAGGCAAAUCUGGAGGUCGAAAAAAACGACAGACCUCACCUAUCACUCUGGUAGAUUCAACUACAAAGUAUCCCUUGCCACUUGUGGAAAAGGAAGUCAUCAGUCACGAUACUCGGCGCUUUCGAUUCGGUCUUGCAUCUCCCGAACACAUUCUGGGCCUUCCGAUUGGCCAGCAUAUUCAUUUGUCUGCUAAAGUUGAUGGUGAAGUAGUCAUUAGGGCUUACACACCCGUGACUAGUGAUGAUGACCAUGGUUAUGUGGAUCUAGUAGUUAAAGUUUACUUCAAGGAUGUUCACCCAAAGUUUCCAGCUGGUGGAAAAAUGUCCCAAUAUUUAGAAAGCUUGAACAUUGGAGACACUAUCGAUUUCCGUGGACCCUCUGGCCGUCUCGUCUAUAAUGGACCCGGCGAAUUCGCCAUAAAAGUCCUCCGGAAGGAACCGCCAGUACAACAUUCUGUUAAAAAAGUGGCAAUGAUUGCUGGAGGAACUGGUAUUACACCAAUGCUGCAGCUGAUACGUCAAAUGACAAAGGACCCAGAAGAUCAGACUCAAAUCGCGCUAUUAUUUGCGAAUCAGACGGAAAAAGACAUACUUUUACGGGAGGAAUUAGAAGAGGUAGCCAAGAACCAUCCUGACCAAUUUAAACUCUGGUAUACAGUAGACACGAGUAGCGAAGGAUGGCCCUACAGUACUGGUCAUGUAAACGCAGACAUGAUAUCUUCUCAUCUGUUCCCCCCAUCAGAUGACACGCUUGUUCUGAUGUGCGGACCACCUCCGAUGAUCAACUUUGCCUGCAAUCCAAAUCUGGAUAAACUUGGCUACAAUCCUAAGCUCAGAUUUGCUUAUUAAUAAACAUGACCUGGCUGUUCUACCCCUUAUUCCACUUUGACGUAGUGAGCCUAUACUGUCGGGCUAUACUUGAUGUUUUUAUUGCGUACUUCCGCCUUAGGUUGAAGUUUUCACGAUAUAUUCCAUCUCAAUAGUAUGAAUCACACACAUUGUGAGCAGAACUUGGGCUCCGAAUCAUUAUGUUGCAAAAAAUCAUUACUCCAGGAUUCAAACGUUGGAUGGUAGGUGCAAAUGUUGAUUAAUUGACAAUAUGACCUGAUAUGCUUUUAAGUAGGGGAUGUUUGUAGAAUUGUUAAGAAUUGUAGGUAAUCUUUAUUACUUGUUAAUAAAAAAAAAAAGAUAAAGCGAG